AUGGACUCGCCGACUCACGUUAUCGACCCUGAUGGCGAGGUAAUAAUAGUAUUACAGAAUGCAAAUUCUUCAUUCGCAGAGACAACUGAGGAGGAUGUCGUUGCGAAUGGGUCCCCUCAUACUGUUACUAAGUAUGACGAAGAGACGUCGUCGCCAACUGAAGAGCCUGUCGACGCGCAAGAAGACGUUGCUGCUGACGAACCUGAUCCCACCGAAAAGACCUCUGCUGAAGAGCCUAUCGAACAGCCUGACGAGACUGGCCCCCUUCCUAAAUCACCGGACAAGAAGUGCUUCAGGAUCCAAGUCUCCGCCAAGCAUUUAACACUCGCGUCCCCAGUAUUCAAAAAAUUGCUGACGAGUCAUUUCAAAGAAGGCAUCACGUAUCUCCAAACAGGCUCAGUAGAAGUUAUUGCAGAGAGCUGGGAUCUCGAAGCGCUCCUGAUUCUCCUUCGUGCUAUUCACGGACAACAGUACCAAAUACCGCAGAAGCUGAGCCUUGAUGUGGUUGCUAAUAUUGCUCUGCUAGUCGACUACUAUGAAUGUGCGGAGGCUGUGUACAUUUGGACGACUUUAUGGAUAGCCGCACUGGAGAAAGAGCUUUCCAAAGCGUAUUCUCGAGAUAGUAUUUCGUGGCUAUUUAUAUGCAAGGUGUUCCGGCUCUCUGCCCGAUUCCGGGAGACAACAUCGAUUGUUAUGUCAUGCAGCAGUAGUGGUUGGAUCAGCAACUUUGGGCUUCCAAUCCCCGAUCAAGUGAUAGCGGCGAUGAAUAAGUGUCGAGAAGAGGCUAUAGCCAAGUUGAUAGACAAACUUCACCAAACACUGACUGAUCUCCUAAAUGACAGUCGAGGGUGCAGCUAUGAGUGCCGCUCAAUCAUGUAUGGAGCUCUCACAAAACAAAUGCAGUCAAAUGAUCUGCUCUCACCAAGGCCGGUGACCCCUUUCCCGGGAGUAAGUUACAAACAACUUGUGCAGAAGGUUUCAGGAUUCAGAUCACCACAGUGGGUAGUAGGUGAGAGAUCGCGAUACUACCACAGCUGUUUAGGCUCUUCAUUUGCACGACUCUUUGGCGAGUUGAGUGAUAGUAUUGAAGGUCUACACCUAGAAAAUUUUGUCCCACCAAUACCUAUCACUUUGUCUGAAGGAAAAUGA